UUUUAAGAGCUUUCUGCUUGUCUGUCUUUUUUCCCCACCUUUCUUUUUAAAUAUAUUUUAAGAGCUGUGCUUUUGAACGUUUGUAUUUUAAACAAUUCUUUGUAUUAAUCGGCAAUUACAGCUACACGAACUACAGAAUAAAUGAUUAACACGCUGAAUUCAAAAAAAAUGAUAAUCGUUCGUUGAAAGGAAGCGAGGUGUUGCUAUUAAAUGCUAUAUAUAUUACAAACAAAUGAACGGGAAAAACACAGCAAACAAGUUAACGGGGGAAAAUGACGGCGGAACUUUGAAGCGCGGGGAGCGUCAAAAUUAUUCGGCACUACACAGUACUAGAAGAAGCGCAGACUCCGCCAUCAGUGCUGCUAACAAAAAGUAUUGCAACUGAAUCGGAGAGCCCACUGGAUCGCUGCCGUCCAUAGGGAAAGCAACAAGAGCCGUAAGGCCUACCAGCGACACCGCAGAGAGAGAGCCACAGCAAUAAGAGAUCCCUUCGUGGGCUGGCGAGCCACGACGCCAUACAGGUAGCAGUGGUUCCACUUCUGGAUGCAGCCCUGACCAGUGGAUGGGAUCAGGAUCAACUGAUCUCACCAUUAUGUUCUAGAUGAGACCUUGACUUUUGGUGAUGGCCAAGUGGAUUUGACCAACACCAAUCCAUAAGCUCCUUAGGUUUGCACAAGCCCCUUUUCCCCUAUCUUUACCUCACUAUCCCCCUGACCAUGUGAGGCUAUCCCAUUUCCAGCACUGAGGGGAUCCAGGCAUUGUUUUGGUUCAGUUUCUGUUGCAGCAACAAGUCCUCCUUGCAGUGUAUGUGUGUUCACCCCAGUGUGAACCCCUAGCGUGCUUCAUCAUCUUCCCCUCCCCCAUAGUCCCCCCCAAAGGGGAUUAACCAUGAUGUUCCGAGAUCAGGUGGGAAUCCUAACGGACUGGUUUAAGGGAUGGAAUGAGUGUGAGCAGACAGUGGCACUGUUGUCAUUGCUGAAGAGGGUGACUCGCACCCAAGCCCGCUUCCUUCAGAUCUGCUUGGAGCACUUGCUGGCAGACUGUACUGAGAUCCACAUUCUGGAGGCAGAGGCUAACAAUGCAGCCAUUGUCAGCCAGUGGCAUCAGGAGCCCAAAGAGAAGGUGGUUUCUCUGCUGCUGUCUCACUUGCCAUUGUUGCAGCCACGGAACAGCGAAGCCAAAUGUGAGUACAUGAAUCUGCUGCAAAAGGUGCUGAGCCACACCAUUGAGAGCAGCCUAUUUGUGGAGGAGAGCCGGCAACUCCUCUCCUACGCUCUCAUUCACCCGGCCACCAGUCUGGAUGACCGUACUUCUUUGGCCAUGUGGCUUAAUCACCUUGAAGAGCAUCUCUCCAGUGGUUAUACAUCCACUGUACGGUCAUCUAUUAGCCCCUACCACCCACGACAAGGCUCUGAUGAGUGGCCUGGCCUAGAGGCCUCAGACUCCGGUCAGGCAUGGCAGGACAAGUCGUCCUCCAGCUCCUCAGCAGGACAGAAUGGACACCUUUCCUUUCAUGGAUCAGGAGGAGUGCCAUCUCCCAUCAACAGUAUAGGUGCUGCCACCAACACAGUGCUAUCCAGCCAGGUCCAUCCAAGUCCUCUAAAGAGGACACUGGGCCCCUCCAACCCACAAGCUUGUGGCACAGAGUGGCUUAGUCAAGAAGACGUCGGUGGACGCCCAGCUUUUGUGUCUUCGGACCAUGCCCCUCUUUCCCCGCAGAGCAGUGUAGCCUCUUCAGGCAGUGAGCAAACUGAGGACCAAGGUGCAGUUCGCAAUACUUUCCAAGAGGAAGGUAGCGGAAUGAAAGAUGUGCCAGCGUGGUUGAAGAGCCUUCGUCUCCACAAAUACGCUGGUCUAUUCUCUCAGAUGACCUAUGAAGAAAUGAUGAUCCUAACUGAACAACACUUGGAGUCACAGAAUGUUACAAAGGGUGCCCGACAUAAGAUUGCCCUAAGUAUCCAGAAGCUCAGAGAGCGGCAGAGUGUACUCAAGUCAUUAGAAAAGGACAUCCUAGAGGGAGGCAAUCUUCGCAAUGCGCUCCAGGAGCUGCAACAGAUUAUCAUCACUCCUAUCAAGGCCUAUAGUCCACCUGCUGCAUCCCAGAAAGAGACCGAGACAAAUGCUCCUACGUCUGAAAAAGUCUCUAAGCCUGCAGAGGACAAGGACACUCCAAAUGAGGGGUUCCAGUCCCACAAUCCCCCAGCCUGUGAUGGGGAGCCCGCAGCUGCUCCCAUUUCAGAUGGAGAUAUUGCAGGCCAGUUCACCCGUGUCAUGGGCAAAGUGUGUACCCAGCUGCUAGUAUCCAGACCUGAUGAAGAGAACAUCAGCUGCUACCUACAGCUUAUUGAGAAGUGUCUUGUCCAUGAGGCCUUCACAGAGACCCAGAAAAAGAGAUUGGUGUCAUGGAAACAGCAAGUGCUGAAGCUACUGCGUUUGUUCCCCAGGAAAUCUAUGCUAGACAUGCCUGUGUACCGGCAGAAAGGCUGGGCAUAUGGAUCCAACUCCCUCCCCACAGCCGGCUCUGUGGGUGGGGGGUUGAGCCGCAGAGGACAAAGGCAGUUUCAGAUGCCACCCCGUGGUUUGCCUCCUGGCAGAAUGGGAAUCAUAAGCCCUGGAGGUAUAGGAGGCACCUCCCCACGCCACACCCUCACCAGCCCUGCACUGAGUGGCCAGGUCCGCCAGAACUUGUGGUUUGCCAAUCCUGGUGGCAGCAACAGCAUGCCCAGUCAGAGUCGCAGCUCUGUGCAGAGAACUCACUCACUGCCUGUCCACACCUCACCGCAGACUAUGCUUCUGUUCCAGCAACCUGAAUGCCAAGUUCCAGGUACAGACCUGGAGAUCAACCCCACUUUGGAGUCCCUGUGCCUCAGUAUGACAGAGCAUGCCUUAGGGGAUGGGAUGGACCGAACAUCUACAAUAUGAAAGGAAAAAAGCUAGAAGCUAAAAUUUACAUCUUAACUGAAUCCUAUUUGGCUCUUUGUAGGGCUGGAAAAAACUUGAUGCUCCCAAAAAAUGGUCACUACAAAAAAACUGUGCAUAUGUUCUGAUAUUUUUGUACUUUAAUAUACUUAACUAAGAUUUAUUACAUAAUGGAAUACAGAAUACUAUGAUAUUAAGUGCGAAAAAAGUUGCAAGUUUGAAUGCUAAGAGGGCUAGUUAUCCAAACAGCUUAAUGUCACGAAGAGGAACAUAGCAGGUCUAUAGCGUGCUUGCUGUUUUUGUUGUCCAGCUGCUGUCACAGGAACUGCAAAGAGGUGGAAUGAUGUUUUCCCAUGAGGCUUUGCCCUGUGCUCCUUCCCUGAUCACCCCUACAGAAGUCCAAAACACAAGGCCAUCCAGUGGCCUUGGAGCAAGGCAGUUCAUAUAUCCGCAGAGCUGCAGUGUGUACUGGGAUUUUCAACUUAUCAAACCAUCAGCUUGACAUUGAAUACAGUCAGCAUUAACUCUGCACCCAGUAUAAAACUAAAUAUGCAGACGUUCUGGUGUUGACUGUUGAAGAAUAGAUGUUUUGUGGAGGGCAAUGGAGUCUUUCAGAAACUAGGUUUGAGGUCCUGCACUCUUACUGCAGUAAAACAAAAUAAAUACUAAUGAUACCCACUGACCCUAUGUCUUUUUGCUAUGAAUGACUUAUUAAUGAAAAUUAAACAGUUUUCUGCUGGUCAGAAUAGUUUGUUACCCCUUUCACCUAUCCUUCUGUCACAAAAAGGGCCAGUGUCAAGGUUUAGUUAAUCUAAUUUUUUGUAUUUGCAUAUGCUUGUCUUUGGUCUAAUAGCUCUUUCUUAAACAUUCUUAUCGUUGUACUCCAGGAACUUUGGGAAUUACCUGUAGAUCCAAAUAAUAGUCUUAAAAGUAAUCUUUGUAAUGGUGCUUACUGUGCAAAUUUGGUCUUAACCUAUGUGUGACAACUCUCGAGCUAUAUUGCUUUUUUGCUGAGUCAUGUUUACAGAAUAUAAUUCUCGGUUCCCCUUACACCGGUCACAUACAGAAAUCUAUUUUGCUUGGAGCGUUAAGAGUGCAUAGGAACCUCCCCUUGGGAAUGCAGUGGCAACCACAGAUUAUAGUGUUUAUACAUUCAAUCUCAGUGGCUUCUGAUGGUCAGAAGCACUGAUGAUUUGAGCUAUUGAGACUAAAGGUUCAUUAUCUCAUUCUCAACAGGCAUUUUUUUUAAAUUACAUUCAGUAAAAUGGAUGCACUCAACCCUGUGCUCCUUGUUACUUUUCUUCUGUCAGGAGGAUCUUUAGUGUGUCGUGGACAUUCUGUGACUUUGAAAAUGGAUAAAGUGCAUGCAUGAAACCAGGCUUGCAAUUUUGGCUCUGACCACUGAAGAUAAUAAAGACAACCAUACCAAUAUGUUGUAUUGGCGGUUUCCGUGUUAUGUUGAGCAGGGACCAGAAUGUGACCAGUAUCUUCACUGUUACUAAUAUUAUCCCCAAAUCUGGUUCAGAGUGCAAAAUGGUGCGUAGUUUUAAGAUUUCUUACUCUUUUUAGCCUUUGUUCAGAGUUGGUUUUGAUUUGCAUUUAUUAUUUAUGUAUAGUUUUAUUCUGAGGUUUUGACACAACUGGUCAAACUGCAUGUUUCAUUGAAUCUCUAGUGAAUAGAAUGGAACUUUUGCAGAGUACAAACUUGAACAUGAUGCAUAGUGGCUCAAAUAAUAUUAAAGCGUGGCAUGUUCAAAAGUUUGGGCAGCAUUUCAGUGAAUACUUAGUAACACCUUGCAUAAAUGACAACUUCUAAAUGUUUCUUCUAGGUAAGCAAGUGCUUUUAUUGCUUUAGUAAUUUCCCCUCCACUUUGCAGAUCUCUUAAUUUAGGAAUAUUUUUCAUGGCUUUUUUCUUUUAAUCCAUUAAAUUAAGUUUUACCUUAUGCAGAAAUAUUUUUGUUUAGGUUUGUACCCUGUAGAGGCUCAUUUACAGAUUCUGCAGAACAUGCAGUUUAACCUGGGCAACCCAAACUCUUGUUUGCGACUACAUUUCUCCUUUUAUUAUGUUCGUUCAUAGCAUCUAGCAAUCACUUUUUUUGAACUGCCAAAAAAUAUUAAGAUGCCCAAGCUCAUUUAAGAUUAAAAAAGGGAGCAGCACUCAGAUUUAGUGAAAAACAAAUUUGUGUCCAGUGCAGAUUAAAAUUUUUCUUCAGUAAAUUUGAAAGGGCUGUACCCUUUUUUUUUCUCAAACUUUUCUGCCAGUAAACAAUCAAAGAUGACCAUGAGAAAACAAAUAUAACACAAGUAUGAAGUAAGGCUUAAAAUGUGAAUUGCCAUUUCCCGCAAAAAAGGAUGGAAAGUUAAGAAAAGCAAAAUGACACAAAUUGGCACGAAGUGUUCUGUUUAAGGACAUUGAAUGAAAUCUGUCCAGUUAGCAACACUUAGUGAAGAGCCUGACUGCCAUGUAAAGCCCACUGCAUCCUCUGUCAGCAGUUUAGCUGACAAUCCUGUUAAUUUGCAUGCUUCGUUUGCAGUAAUGAACUGUAAACUACACAUAAAAUACCAUUUUGAUAUGAAAGUAGUUAAGCAAUGGGCUUCAAUAGUGACGCUCCCACGAAUUGGACGUGAAAGAGAAAAUUAUAGGCAUCAGUGCUGAACAAAAAGGUCUGACAGUCCCUUCAAACACUGAUUGGUUUUUGAUCACAUUGUUGAACAAAAUUAAUUUACCAAAGGCUGUGCAAAGCUUUGUCAACUCAGGCAUUGAAUUAAGCUGUCAGAUAUGUGUCCUGCAAAAAAAUUGCUUUCUUUGUCUUUCUUUACUUGUUUGAUGCUUCAAAAUCUUAUAUUAGUGGAGUUACUAACCAUUCCAUCAACCGCAAUGCAUCCAUGUUGACUGGCAGUCUCUUUGGUCUGAGCCUUUGUAAUAGUCAAUUUUUGUCUGUAUUUAAUUCCAAUUACUGUCCUCAAAGAGACAACUUGCAGAAUCCUCUUUGGUUCCAUGCAUUCUGUUUGAAGAAGCAGUUAUAGGUUGAACAGUUCCUCUCCUGUGGCAUCUGCCAUCUGAGGUUCUAGUUACUCUCCAGUGUCCAAUAGACUGAUGAUUAGUCAGGUCGAUACCCAUAGUUUCUUAGUGAGGAAUGGCACCAUGGCUUAGUUUUUGGUGUCACCAACUCCCUUCUGUAAUUCUUUCCUGUCCAGUUUGUCUUCUCUCUAUUAAGAAAACAUGUCUCUUCAGUCACACCACAGGAAGUUCACACUAGACUUCCAGUGCUUUUUCUAGAAUAUCUUUUCAUGUACAUAAAUUACUGAGUAACCCUGAUACGGUACUUCCUAGCCAUUGGUCAGUAUAAUGUAGAUGUGCCAUCCCAGGUUUUCUCCGUAGGUUGCAAUGUGUGAUAACUGCUAUGCUGACUGAAUGAUGCUGCACUCUUUUUAUUUCACUUUGUGGAAGUAGAGUAGUAGUGAGGAAGUUCUCACUGUUUCUGUAACACAACAGAUAACAGUACAUACUUUCUCUACAUUAAUUCUUUUUCACUGAGUUUUGAAGCAUUUUCUUUGUAGGAGGUUAUGAAAGAAGACAUGGUUUGCAGUUGACUUUUUUUGCAGGCCUUGGACAAAAUAGAGGGGAUUGUUGAGUACGUUCAGGAAGUAUCUGUGAUUAUCCCUGUGGUGCAGUGCAUGAGGGGAUCAUCCUCUUUUUUGAUGUCUAACCAAAAAAAAAAAAGAAAAAACACUAUAGAAAUGUAAUUUAAAAUUAUUUCAUAUUUAUCAUAUAUGUUUUGGUUCACGUGGAGAGAAAAAGUCCAACUUUCCAUUUCUUUUGCUUUGCCUUACCUAAAUAGCUGUGUGCUUAAUGAAUCUGUUUAGUGUUUUCUGUUUAGAAGUUUUGGACUGUUUUUGCUGGACUGAAGACUAAACUACCCAUUAUGAUCUUACUAGGGUGUAGAAGCUGAACACUGUUUUAUGUUAAGUUCAUACACUAUGCACUUGGUUAAUAUGAGUAUGUCUUUUGUCACUAAAUCCAUAGCUCAUUAAAUGCGAGUGGUUCUCAAAGGAUAUAUGAGAAGAAACUGGUUUACACUAUAUAAUGUAUGAGUAUAUGAAAUAAUUUUCUUUGUAAAUAUUCAGUAGCAGACACCAGGAACAGUGUUUUAUCAGGCAUCAACUCAAAAAAUGAAAGCAUGCUGAGGUCUGUUAUUUUAUAUUAUGCAGCAGUGCCGCAUUAUUUUCAUGGAUUGUUAGCACAGCCUUCUACCUUCCGAGAAUCUAGCCAGAUUUACAUUUUGUGACAUUGUACAUUGCAUAUCCAUAUUGUGGCUUGAUGUGUCAGAUUUGUGAAUUCAAAAUUUGGUUCAAGAGGUUAUGUCUUGUAUAUAUUGCCAGCUUUAUACAUACCGGUAAUGUCAAACCAGCCACUGGUUACAUAUUCAGAAUUUUCACUUUUAGAUGUUUUUCUUCAACAUCAAUAAGGUUAAUAUUAAACUGCAGAUAUUGUUACAUUUUCUAAUUUAUAUAAAAGGAGGGUUUAUAGACUGGCUUGUUCAGAUAAUUGAAACUUGUGCAAAUAUCCCUAUAUUCAUUCUUAACAGCUCAUAUUAAGUAAUAUCAGUUUUUAUUAGUGGUUUGAUACACUUGUAAUUAUUUCAUCAUUCCUUCUGAACAAAAAAAAUGCUUCAUGGUUAUCCCGAUCAUUGAUUUCAAGCUUGCCUAAAAAAGAAUAAAUGGAAAAAUUUCUGGAAUUAAUUUUGUCACCUUCCUGUCUUGUCAUUGUGUGUAUGACACCAUGUUAUAAAUAUCUUUGUCCUGCUAAUCUCAAGCCCUUCCUGUAUUGUCUUUCCCCCCCAUUUAAAUGUUGAACAGAGCUGCUCCUUUCUUCACCCAUUGAGUUUGUUUGAAAACAUUUUAUGUGCUCUCCUUCUUACUGGCAGUGUAGUGUGCCAACAGUGAAUAAAUACCAGUUCUGACUUUUAUUCUUAUGUUAGUGUUCAUAAUAUGUCUGCUAUUUACCAAAGGAAGUCCACCAUCCUGCUUUUGAAGGAAAACCACAACUAGCAUGAAAAUUAGUCUCCAUUUAGAUUCUGAGGACUGUCUCCCUUACUUGUUUACAUGAAACACUGAGUAGUGGAUGAGAUUGGUUAUAAACCCUGAUGAAACAUGGUGAUGGUAGAAUGUAGACCUCUCACUAUCCACUCUAGAGAAUAACUGCUCGCUCACACAAGGUAUGCAAAACCAGCGUGUUUGAAUGGAAGCUUGCUGCACUGUGUUGAAAUAUAGUAUUUGUUACAUUGUCAGCAAAAAGAAAGCAAGUGAAUUAACCUUACAUUAGUUAAUUGUGCUUCACUUUUUAAUCCAGUGGCAACAGUAGACCAAGAGAACUGGAACUUGUGCCAUUUUAAUAAUAUUAGUCUAAUAAUUCUAGUUGAAAUUUCUAACAUAGUUUGUUACUUCACUUCAUAGGGGACUCAUCAGAAAUGCUGAACAAAAUUCUCGUAGACCAUUCGUACUCUCUUUUAAAUAUUUAUUAUAACCUAAACAUGUAAUAUGUUUUGGUAAAGACAAAAUGCCGGAAACUGCUUGGUGGUGAUUAAAGGUAGCUAAUCCAUAAAAAUAAGUUUUGAAAUACCAUUUCAGUUUUUACAUUUUAUUUUUUAUGACCUUCCUUAUGCUAUGUUCUGGUAACCAUAAGUUCCAUGAGACAUAAAGACACUACAGUUAUUUAUGGGAAUGUUUGCAUGCUUAGCUGCAUAAUGAGUGUAGGAGUCAAAAUAGCAUUUUCAUGCAAAUAGGUGCAAUGAGUGACACUUUCUGAAAUUUUUCAUGCGGUGUUUUACAUACAGUAUUUUUACCCUUUACUUAUUUUCUCAGUUUACUGAAAGAUAAAUGGUGGUAUAAAAAUCCCUUUUCUGUUUUUUUAUUUUAAAUAGUUGGGGGGCGUGGUGGCGCAGUGGGUUGG